UGAGUGUUUACAAUCACUGACUGAAGACUUUCUACGUCAAAUCAUGUUAAAUGGAGCUCCAGGAGAAAAUACCUGUGCCGGUCUUCGCAGCAGUAGACAGGGAGGUGUUUCUGAGGAACAUUUAUCCACAGCGUCAACCGGCUGUUCUCAGAGGCGUGUCUCUGGGUCCCUGUCUGGAGAAGUGGACAGUUGACUAUCUUGGAGAAAAAGGAGGAGACAAGGAGGUAAAGAUUCAUGUGUCCACGGUGCCCCAGAUGGAUUUCCUUCACAAGAACUUUGCCUACAAGACUCUGCCAUUUAAUGAAUUUGUGAGAAGAGCAUCAGAGAAGAAACACUCUGACUUCUUCCUGUGUGAGGAUGAGAGCUACUACCUUCGUUCGCUUGGGGAGGACGUCCGAAAGGAACCGGCUGAGCUCAGCAAACAGUUCCCGGGCUUGGCGGAGGACUUUCACACACCUGACUUCUUUGAACCUGAGCAGUUCUUCUCCAGCGUGUUCCGCAUCAGCUCCUGUGGUCUGCAGCUGUGGACGCACUACGAUGUGAUGGACAACCUGCUGGCUCAGGUGACCGGAACAAAGAGAGUGGUCCUCUACAGCCCCCAGGAUGCUUUGCACCUCUACCUGUCAGGCGAUAAGUCAGAGGUUUUGGACAUUGACGCCCCCGAUCUGAAGCGGUUUCCUAAGUUUGUGAGAGCAAAGAGAUACGAGUGCGUGCUGGAGCCCGGGGAUCUGCUUUUCAUCCCCGCUCUGUGGUUUCACAACACGCUCGCUCUGCAGUUUGGAGUGGGCGUUAAUAUCUUCUGGCGCCAUCUACCUGCAGACAGCUACGACAAGAAGGAUCCGUACGGUAACAAAGACCCCGUGGCUGCAACGCGAGCGCUUCAGGCCCUGGAGAGGGCGCUUCACACUCUGGAUGAACUGCCAGCAGAGUAUCGGGACUUCUACGGGCGGCGCAUGAUUCAGCGCAUUCAGAAGAGGACGUACUGCGACGGGAAAAUAGACGCGGAGCAGAACUCUACAUUACCCAGCAGUCCAUUUACUAAACCUGGAUGAGUUCUGAGACAUGUGAAGUAUCCAGUAAAGCAGCACUGCUUUGCUCAGCGGGGAGGUCGACUGUUGAUAGUUUGACUGUGUGUUGUGUACAAAAAAUUGAAAGUGGAGCUGAAAAAUGAGACAGUCCACAGAGGAAACAUGGAUGCAGCUCACCUGUUUAUUCCUUUAAUAAAGCUUAAAGACUGAAUGGAAAGGGGUGUGGCCACUUCUGAAUGGCAAUUGACAGCUUGACCAUGUUUGUGGUGAUACAUGAAGAGAGAUAAAAUACUGUGCAAAAGUC